AUGGGAGAUAUAGCAGAUCACAAGGUUACCUAUAACUCAGAAGAUGACACAAUUGAAUGUAGCUGUAAGAAAUUUGAAUUCAUUGGCAUCUUAUGUUGUCAUGCACUUCGGGUACUAAAUCUAUGGAAUAAACUAGUUAUUCCUCCGAGGUACAUUCUCAAUAGAUGGACAAAAAAUGCUCGUAGUGGAUGUGUUCUUGAUAAUAAUAGGCGUAUAAUCAAAGAAGAUCCAAAGUUAGAUGUGUCAAAUCGUUUCGAGGAUUUAUGCCGAAUUGCAGUUGAGAUUUCAAGUAAAGCUGCUGAAUCUGAUGAUGCUAUAACUUUUUUGUCAAAAAAGUUUGUAGAUUUAGGUAUGGAAGUUGAUAAAAUAUUGAGCAAAAGUUCUUCCAUUUCAAACCAACAGGAUAUUAGUGAAACAAUUACAAGCAACGAAAAAAAUGCUUUUCAAGCAAAAGGAUUGAAAAAAAAAGAUGGUGGAUCUCGGGUGAAAGGUCAUCCUAAAAGUUGCUUAGAAAAGAGGUCAAAAAGAAAACGACACUAA